AUGGCCACUAGCCGAAUUUGGCUAGGUUUAUGGUGCUCCUGUACGAGUAUUUAUACAGUGCCUGUUUUAACUAUUUCUCUAUUUCAAAUCGAGUACUUUCUGCUGUCGUACCGCAAUGCACAUUUGGAUCUAUUUCCAAUUGAUUGGUCUUAUUACCGUCUCAUUGAUUACAGCACAGGAGACACAGGAAACGGUGGAAGAAUUAUGUAUUGCACAAAACGCUACUUAUGCAUUGUGUAUAGAACACUAGCGACAGAAUGUCACGAACAUUUCUUGGAGGAAGCUCUUGGUAAACCGGCCUGCGAAGAAGAGACUCACACUGAUCAUGAAGGUCCAACUGACGCUCAGAGGUACGGUUAUGGAUUUCUUGCUGUAUUUGUGAUAUCGGCCAUGUCACUGGGUGGAUUGCUAGCUUUUCCGUGCCUUUAUAAAGUUUCUUUUCAAUAUGUACUAGCAACAUUCACUGCUCUAGCAGUGGGCACACUUUUUGGCGAUGCGAUGUUCCAUUUAAUUCCAUUUGCACUUGGCCUUCAUAGUCAUGAGAGCGGCGAACACGAACAUGAACAUGAAGACAAAGACUCAUCUGUAACUGUUGAAGUUCAUCAAUGGAAAAUGUUUAUUGCCGUAAUGAUCCUUUACGGGUUUUAUUUAUUGGAAGUAUUUCUACAUUGGAUUGCACACGCUCGAGAAAACAAAAAUGCUGUGCAUACACAGGGUCAUAAGCACCAGCAUAAUUAUAUUGAACCUCAGCCAACAUUAGUAUGCAUUGGAAGAAACUGUACUCACCAUAAAAGCGAAUUUCAAGCAGAGCCAACAGAGGAUGUUAAUUCUAACCACAAUCAUUCUCGCAAAACUACUCGAGUAACUGGAUGGAUGAUUAUCAUUGGUGACGGUAUUCAUAAUUUUGCUGAUGGUUUAGCCAUGGGUGCGGCAUUUAGUGAAGACCUAUUGUUAGGUGUGACAACAACCAUUGCCAUUGGAUGCCACGAGCUGCCGCAUGAAUUCGGUGAUUAUGCUGUUUUGAUUCAAUCGGGAUUUUCUCAUUGUAAAGCUUUGUUGUGGAAUUUCAUUUCGGCGACAACUGCAUUCAUCGGCUUCUUUGUCGGUGCGGCAGUUUCGACAAAUGAAAGUGCACGACAAUGGAUAUUUGCUGUUACAAUUGGCAUGUUCUUGUACAUUGCAUUAGUCGAUCUCUUGCCGACAUUACUACCAGAAGGACGUAUUGAAUUGAAGCGCUUCAUUCUCGUAAACAUUGGCUUUCUGAUUGGUAUUGCAAUCAUGUUCGUGUUGGCCAUAUUUGAAGAUAAACUAAUUGAUUUAGGACAUUGA